GACAAGUAUAUAAGGACAGAGCAGCUACAGGCCAGUCACAGCACAAAGCUUCUGUCUACAGCUUCUGCCAAGCUCUUGAGUUCAACCUGCUGUAGCUGAACUGUUGUGUUGGUUUUCUUUGAGGAUUCAGGAUGGUGCUUGGUUUGAUUCUGAGGUCAUCAUGGAUUUGUUUCCUGCUCUUUGGCAGCAGUGCAGGUUAUCCUGCACCAAAAGACGGUCAAACAAGUCAAAACACACCUGGGCUUGGCUUUAGACCUGUUCCCUACGGUGGCGCUGUCUCAAACCUUGUGUCUGGUGCUGGACCUUCUUAUGACAACACUUUCCCUGCAACAGGUGGGGCAGCAUCUGGUCCAGUGUACGCUGCAGCUGGAAACCUUCAAUCUGGAGGCUCACGCCCUCCUCUGGUGAACCUGCAGUAUCAACCAUCUGUUAGUUAUCAGCAGCCUGGAGCAGCCCCCCAGCAGGCCAGCUCCUCCACUGGAAACCGGUCCCCAUCCAGUGUGGGAGCUCCCAGUGCAUCUGCAGCCUCUUCACCAAGUUAUGGGAAGAAGACUCCCAGCUUCUCUGUGCAGCCUCAGUCUGCUGCUGCCACCAGUGGAAACGUCAACAUGGGCUCAGGUGGGGCGGCAUCUGGUCCAGUGUACGGGGCUGCUCCAGCAUACCCUGCUGCUGGGUACAUGGACUUUGGUGACGGACCUGUUCCUUACAUCGGUGCUCCUGCAGCCUCCAGCUCUGCCGGCUCUUAUGCUUACGCUGCUCCUGUAGCCUACAACUCUGGUGGUGGUGACUCUUCUCCUGGCCUUCCUUGGUCCAUGCAGCCUGCAGGGGGAGCCGUCUCCUCAUUCUCUGACCCCAGCAGCUGGAUGCCAUCUCGUGAUUUCCCAGACUUCAGUGUCUGGGACUCCAGUGCCGAGAUGCCGCAGAGCAUGAGUGAGACUUCCCCUCUGCCCCCUCUGCCGCCUUCAUCCUACAUCAUCCAGUCCAGAAAUGGCUACCAGCGAGCACAAGAGUUCCUUUCCCACACUAAAUACUCCCCAGAGUACCCUGAACCACCAGUCUUUGCUGCUGAGACUGAAGCACCAGGCAUGUCUCCACCAGAGGCUGGGCCCAAAGGAGGAAAGAAGGUUUAAGAGGUGCAGCUGCUCGGCAGAGCCCUCCUGAACCUUGUUUGGAGAAGUGCAGAAAUUAAUAAAUUCUUUAAAGCUGU